AGAAGGCCACUACACUGUUGAUCCUCUUGUUCAUAAUUUAAUAUUUGGUCUCAAUCUGGUUGUUUGUUCAGCAGAUGCUAUAUGUAUACACAGUUAGCUUUCGUAUAAGCUAUCAUUUUAUUCGUUCUGCUUCACUCUUGAGUAACAUAGCUUGCUUUCUUAAUUUCUUUUCAAGCAAAAUACAUGGCAGGUUUCAAAAGCCAAGAUGGUCUCUAGAGAGUACGACUGCUCUUGUCACUGGUGGAACUAAAGGCAUCGGGUAAUGCAAUACCUAUUUAUAUCUCUCUUUUUGUUAUUUUCUUUUACGCAAGCGAUACUGGAAAUGGGGGACUCAAACACAUAAUGUCCAGCAUAGAGAUAAACGCUCUUUUGUAUCUUGUUGUGUAUUGGUUGUUGACAUUGUUCUUGUGUAUUCUGUGCAUUAGAUAUGCCAUAAUACAAGAGCUAGCAGGACUGGGAGCAACAGUGCAUACCAGUGCCCGUAACGAAGCACAGAUUGUUGAGAGGCUUCAAGAAUGGGAAGAUAAGAGGUUUAAAGUGACUGGCUCAGUUUGUGACCUCACCUUUAAAGCUCAAAGGGAAAACUUCAUCAAAACUGUCUCCUCUAUUUUCAAUGGCAAGCUUAAUAUACUUGUAAAUAAUGCUGCAACAACCACACUAAGAGGAGCUACAGAUUACACUUUGAAAGAUUUCUCAAGUUUGAUGAGCACCAAUGUUGAAUCUCCUACCAUGUUUGCCAACUUGCACAUCCUCUGUUGAAGACCUCAGGGGAUGCAAGCGUUGUAUUUGUCUCCUCCAUUGGUGGUAUGAUAGCUCUACCUA